AUGAGCUGGGCUAAGAAAUACAUGUUUUGGAUCUUCAAGAGGUCCAAAAAGUCCAUUGUUGAUCAACUAGAGGACAUUGAUGAUGAAAUUUUGGAACUGGAAAGUGAUCGGUCUAACAGUAUAGACUCAGAAAAACAAUUCGUUUUCCGACUGAUUUUCUACUCAUUCAUAUUCUUUGGCUUGAGUUUUAUAACAGUUUAUUACUACUACUGGCCAAGUACAGUAACUGGAAAAGUGGUGAUAUGUAUGAUAUUUGCGGUAUAUCCUUUUUGUGUAUAUUUUCUGAAGUAUAUCUUUCGGAUUAUGUUCACUAGACGCGUAAAUAAGACGAAUGAAAAACUAAAAAAGCUCCGGGCUGAUAAACAAAAAUUGUUAGAAGAGGUGAUGGAAAAGGAGACGUUCAACAAGGCCCAACAGAUUCUCAAACGUUUUGAUCCAUUAACAUUUGCUUCUAUAGCUGUUGAGGAAAAAAAGACCCCCAAACCGGUUUUUGGAUCGAUGAUUAACCUCGUUACUCCUCAUUCCGAAGUACGCCGUAGGAAUAAUUCGGGGGAUAAACAUUUAACUCAAGGAUUGUUAGGUUCAAGUUUAACUGCACAGUCGAGUACCCCUAUGGUCGGGAGUAAUCAAACACUGUAUUCUAAAAAACCGCGGUUAUUAAGACCGCUUUUACCUAGAGAACGUUCAAUUAUUGAUAAAGUUUUAGAUGCAUUAGUUGGUGAUGGUCCCGAUAAACGAUUUGCACUAAUUUGUAAUGAAUGUUCAUCACACAAUGGAAUGGCACUACAGGAAGAAUUUGAAUAUUUAGCAUUUCGAUGCUGUUAUUGUAAUCAUUUUAAUCCAGCUCGUGGUACACGAUUGAAGACAGGAUUAUCAACAGAAAAUAUAGAGAAUACAAAUGAUUUGUUAAAUAAUUCAAAAACAACACCUUGUUUACUAUCAACUAAAUCAAAUCUUAAAAGAAUGAAUGAAGCAAUUCAAAGAAGUUCAACAACUAAUUUAUAUAGUCAUGAUAGUGAUAAUGAUAGUGUUCUUGGUAAUAAUGAGACUGUAGUUUGUGAUUCUCAUGAAAUCUCAACUAAUACAUUUAAUGAACAAUUGAAUUUAAAAGAUAGCGCUGAUGUGGAUAAGUUUAAAGAAUCCAUAGAAUAA